AUGAUUUUACUUAUUUUAUAUUAUGUUUAUAAAUGGAUUACGGUGCCUUGGAGUUAUUAUGAAAGCACUAGAUCUCAUCGUCGUCAAUGCAAUACAAAGCCAUGGAUUGAAACAGAGCUUAAACGUCAUGAAUGUGUGGCUCUAUUCUGGAUUGUUAUAUCACCCUUUUUAGCAGGAUAUACUUUACAACUGGGUCGUUAUCUGCUUAGUAAUUAUGAUAAAUACAUGAGUUCAUUUAACGUUACUAUCUUUAUCAUUGCAGCCACCAUAAAACCCCUCUUACAUAUUACUCAAUUACUUAAGCAACGUACUCUCUAUCUAAAUUCUUUAAUCGACACUGAUCCCUCUGCAAUCGAUAUCAUACAAGCUAAACUUCAGCUUUUGCAAAAUGAACUAGAUAACCUAAAACACAAUACGCGAAGAGACUUUACACAGAUCACAAAGGCUUUAUCGCCUACUAUUCAUCAACUAUCUACAAAUCUAAAACAAAUUAAAGCACAGCAACUCGAAUUAAAGGAUUGGUCAGAACACCAGUUUUUAGAUAUCGACGAGAAGUUAAAGGAAUAUAAGCGAGGAUUAGUCGAGUCCGUUAUCUUUUUGCCAGUUGAUUUGAGUAUAGGAAUAGCCAAGAUGGUGGGACUUGUAAAUAUGAAUAAACGAGAACAAUUUUUGCCAUCUAAUAAGUAA